AUCUUUAUUAUAAAAAUGAUUUUUUCCCAAUCAUUUUAAAUUUUGAAACACUUUCUUUAAGUGGAAUAAUUAUUAAUACAACAAUGAGAUGGGAAAUGCUGGACUUAUUUGUUUUCCGAAAACAUCAAAUGUUGAUGAACUUGGAACAAAAUUAAAUGGAGCUAACACUCAAAAACAAUGUUUGUCACAGGAAAACAUUUAUGUUGCCUUGUUCAACUUCACUAGUAAUAAUGAAGCAGAGCUGUCUUUUUCAUGUGGAGAACAGCUAGAAUUAUUAAGUAUUUCAGAUGGUUCAUGGUGGAAAGUACGUUCCCUCCUUACUAAUAAAAUAGGUUACAUUCCAAAUAAUUAUGUGGAGAAAUAUGACUACUUAAAGAAAUAUGAUUGGUACACUGGUGUUAUGGGCAGAAGUAGUGCCAACUUAGCUUUGCUUAGUAAUGGAUCAGCUGGUUCUUUUCUAGUAAGGAAGAGUACAAGUAAACCUGGAGAUUAUACUUUGUCUUUGCAUAAUGAAACGUCUCUGAAGCAUUAUCAUAUUAAAAAAACAAAAAACUGCACAUUUUACAUACUCAAAGAAGAGUUCUCCAACCUUCCAUCAUUAGUUGAACAUUAUAAAAAAGUUUCUGGCGGACUACCUAGGACAUUGAAAGAUGCAUGUUCGCAAAAAAAACUUUGGGAUAUCCCACAUAAUAAAAUCACACUCACUAAAAAACAUUUAGGUAAAGGUAAUUUUGGAAUUGUCCUAGAGGGAAGGUUAUUUAGUUCUGUUAAUGUGGCAGUUAAAGUUCUUAAAACAGAUAAUUGUAAAAUGAAAGAAACAAAGUUUUUGAAAGAAGCAAACAACAUGAAAGAAUUGUCACACAAGAAUCUAAUUCAUUGUUAUGGUGUAUGUUAUUUUGAUAGUUAUGUUUAUAUUGUAUUAGAAUUAGCUUUGCAUGGGGCUUUACACAAGUUCCUCCAAACCUCUACAGGUCAAAAUCUUACUUUACAUGAUUUAGUACACAUUGCAACUCAAAUAUCUUCUGGAAUGACACACUUAAGUCAUAUACGCCUAUUGCAUAGAGACAUAGCUGCAAGAAAUAUGUUAGUUGCAUCUAAAAUGGUUAUUAAGAUAGGAGAUUUUGGUUUAAGCCAGUAUUUACCUCUUGGAGUCAAUGAAUUUUAUGAGGAAGGAAGUGAAACAAGAUUUGCAAUUAAAUGGGCUGCCCCAGAGACUAUUAUAGAAAAAAAUUUUUCAUUAAAAUCUGAAGUAUGGAGUUUUGGAGUUGUACUGUAUGAAAUAUUUACAAAAGGACUUGCACCUUACCCGGGUAUGAACAAUCAUGAAGCAUUAGAAUUUGUUAGUAACGGUGGUAGAAUGGAUAAAUCAAAUAUUCCUGAAAAAAUUUAUAUGACAAUGUUAUCAUGUUGGGAUGUUGUGCCAGCAAAGCGUCCAUCUAUGGAAAAAUUAAAACAAUUUUUAAUGGAAUAUUUUAGAUAAAAUGUUUUUAAAAAAUAAAUUUUAGUAGAUAUAUUUUAUUUUGAAAAAAAAAUUGAAAUUUUAUAGAAUAAGAUUGUAUAACAA